AUGAAAAACAGUAUGAUCAUAAAGCUACUAGUGAUGAUGUACACAGUGUGUGCAAGACUUGAACUGAGUGAUAUAAAGACAAUAGGUGAUUCAGUAGUUAUUGAAGAAGAUAACUUGUUAAUACAUCCAGACGGACCAUUAAAUCCACUAAGAGGAUACAUUAUGCACAAGAGCGGAAAUAUGUACAACAAACGAUUAUAUGCGCCAGAAAUAGACACAAUGUAUAAAUUGGAAAAAACAGAUAAAGUAACAGAUUUUUUCACUCCAAUUUAUGAUUAUACAAGAAACCCAGUAAAUGACCUGGCAUAUGAUGUUAUUUGUGAGGACAAAGAAAAGAAUGAGUACCUCACACAGUUCCAUACACAACUAAUUAAAAUGUUUCCCUCUGCAUAUGGGUCACUUUCUAUCGUAUCAGGACUGCCCGAGGGGUUUACUUCUUUUCUGAAAAAAGAGGAAGUGCAGCCUCAGAGUAUGCGCAUCCUGGCAGCCCUUUUCUUAUUGUCUGAGCAGGUGGAUAUUUCUAUUGAUGUAGAAGAAAAGAAAAAACUUGUUCUGAGAAGUGCAGAUGAAACAACUGCAUAUAUUGACCAGAGCCUGCGCAUAUUUACAAAAGACCAAACAGAAUCUAAAACCGAUAUAAAAAAAACGUGCAAGGAUCUAGAAAGCCUUAUUGAAUUUCUUAAAAAGUAUAUAGACAAUGACAGUGCAAAUCCAAGUGCAAUGGAAGGACUGCCUACUGAGCCAACUACGUAUGAGCAGUUCAUGACAGGAGAAUUUUUGAACACGUCCCAGUUCCUUAUUCAGUCGUACAUAUACGAGUUUAUUGACACAAAAGAAAAUUACAUUAAAUUUGUAAAUGCUGUAUAUACUCUCUUGAACGACCAGAUAAAAAAUAAAAAGUCAUACGAAAAAGUACUGAGCAAGUGCUUUGUAAAAGAAGAUGCACAAUCAAACGAAAUCGACCAUACUAAGAUUAUUUGCGAUCUUAAGGAUACAAUAGACAAGUAUAAAAUAUUUCCAUUCAUGGAUUCAUCACUGCUUCCGUCCUAUGAUCGGGUUAAAGCAUAUGACCGGGAAAAGGGCGAGUUCAUAAACAAUGAAAGCAGAAAGUACUCCAAUUGUGUAGAAACGACUCUGAUGGGUCUUUUCUUAUGCUUAGUAUAUGAUCCAAAUAAAAAGAAGUACAAUACAGACCAUCUGCCCGACAAUAAAGAAACUAAGCCACUGAAAGACUUCUUUAAAAAGUACACUGAGCCAAGAGAAGCCACUGACUAUGAAAUGCACGAAGAUUGGUGUAGAGUGAUAGCAGACUUGAAGAAUGACAAGAUUCUUUACUUAAAGGAGAAGACGAAUGAGCUGGACAGCAGUCUGCUGAACAUUCUUUAUGUUGUAUCGGAUAUAACUGGAAGCAAAGAAGAAGUGGUUAAAGAAAUUAAGUACUUAGAAGAACUUCUUUCUAAUAAGAAGGUUGAUGAUUGGCUUGAUAUAGAAGAAAGCUUGACUACAAUAUUCAAGGAGCUAUCAAAUAACAAGAAUCUUGAAGUAGAGUGUGACGAAUUCACAGUAGGUACACGAGAAUAUAAAAAGAUGGACUUAUUUGGUAAGUUUAAGCUAAUAUAUACUUUUAAUGAGAAAAAAAAUGGAAUAUUAGUAGAGAUAACUCCUGGCCAUUCCUCAUUAAGCUUAUUGGAAGACGUAUUGUCUAGUGAAGAGAAAAAUAUUAUUAAAAAAAAGCUGACUGAAAUACAAAAUACUUAUAGUAGUAUAGAGAGUUACACAGCAUACACAAUUAGACAGUACAUAAACAUAGAACUUGCUAAGAUGCAAGAGGAGUAUGCAUUGGGCCGAAUUCAAGAAAGUAUUAAAAAUAACCAUGAUAAUAUAAAUAACAUUUUCCUUCACGGGAUGAUUCGAUCUGUUGAACAAAAAGCAAGCAUUGUUGGAUACUUCUUGAUUAUGAAUGUAGAAGAUACUCUACCAAAAAACAAUUCACUAGUUCGGUUUACCAAUAAUCUUAUAGGAAGUACUCCACUUGAUGAUUUUGAAACAAGAGAAGAUAUGCUGCUUUAUUGCAUGCUUAAUAAAGACGGUAAGAGCUACUAUAAAGGAAUUGAAAGCUGCUGGAAACAGGUUUCUAGAAUUGCUGUAUAUAAAUUUGAUGCAAUAAUUAGUGACAUUUUAGAGAAGUCAAACUAUUCCCUAGAUGUUACAUUAGAGUGCUUUAAAAAGUUUAUAAUGGAUAUGGCAAAUAGUGAUGAGAAGUAUUUUAUUAUUCCAGGAUUCACAUUAAUUGAAAAUAUAGUAAUGUUUUCUAGAAAGACUAAUGAACUAGCUGAAACACUUUUAGAGUUUAUAAAAAUAAUAGAUGAAACAGUUAUGCAGCCAGAUGGAUCAAAUAUGUUUGUUAUUUACUUAAGAUGGAUUGUCAAUGUGGUAUUAUAUAAUUUAGAUGAUAAGAAAGAGAUUAUAAAGAUUCUAAUGGAUCAAAUAGAUGUUAAUUAUAAUUUUAAUCUAGAUAACAAAUGGAAUAGUUGGAUUUGUGUCAAUUAUUUCAAUAUAUUGAAAAAUUUAGAAACAUGUAAGGAUCUAUUUUGUGAUGAUGAAGAAAGCCCAGAAAUUGUUGAAAAAUACGACCAUCUUAUAGAAAAAAUAAAAAGCGCAUUUAACCCGAAUAACCCGAAUCUUCCAGUGAGUCUUGAAUCCUUCCACACGUAGAAAUGCAUAAGUGAAUAUUGGAUUGUUUGUAUAUAAGGUGUAAGAAUAUACUGCUUUUCUUUAUAUACGCAGAUUUAUUGGCAGCGCAUAGAA